AUGGCCUUCAAAAAAGCAGGUGUUCUCGGAGCUACAGGCUCUGUCGGACAAAGAUUCAUUCUCUUGCUCUCGAAAAAUCCACAGUUUGAGGCUGCCGUUUUGGGUGCCUCCCCAGACUCGGUUGGCAAGAGAUACGAGGAUCAGGUUGUCUGGAAGCAGACCUCCUUGUUGCCAGAUGAGUCCAAGGAUCUCAUUUUGCAAAAAUGCGAGCCAGAGUACUUCAAAGGCUGUGAUGUCAUCUUCUCAGGAUUGGAUGCAGCAGUUGCCGGUGAAAUCGAGAAGUCGUUUGUUGAUGCCGGAUUUGCCGUUAUUUCCAACGCUAAAAACUUCAGAAGAAGCCCCGAGGUCCCUCUUGUUGUCCCAACAGUGAACUCAGAGCACUUGGAAGUUAUCGUGAAUAGAGCCAAGGCAGCCAAGGCCAAAGGUGUCGCCAGACCAGGUUUCGAGGUGUGUAUUUCAAACUGCUCGACUGCCGGCUUGGUUGUUCCUUUGAAGCCUUUGCAGGACGCCUUUGGACCAAUCAGAUACGUCUCUGACACCACCAUGCAGGCUAUUUCCGGUGCCGGCUUUUCUCCAGGUACCUCGGCCAUCGAUGUGCUCGACAACAUCAUUCCAUACAUCUCCGGUGAGGAAGAUAAGAUAGAGUGGGAGGCAAAGAAGAUCCUCUGCAAUGUCAACAAGGCUGGAGACGGUUUCGAUAUUCUCUCAGACAACCAGUUGACCGUUUCCGCACAAUGUAACCGUGUGGCUGUCAGUGACGGACAUACCGAGUGCAUCGCGCUCAAAUUCCUCAACAGAGACAAGGUCCCUACCUUGGCCCAGGUGAAGAAGUGCCUCCGGGAUUACGACUGCGAGGCUACCAAGUUGCACUGCCCAUCUGCUCCUAAGCACGCUAUUUAUGUUUUGGAAGAUCCAGACAGACCACAGCCUCGUUUGGACAGGAACAGAGAUGACGGUUAUGCCGUUUCUGUUGGACGUGUGAGAGAGGAUCCAAUCUUUGACUUCAAGAUGGUUGUUCUUUCCCACAACACCAUCAUUGGUGCUGCCGGUUCUGGUAUCUUGAUUGCCGAGAUCUUGGCUGCCAAGGGUGUGUUGUAA